AUGUUCGUUUUUACCCCUUAUGUCCCUACAGGAUCUUGUGUCUUCCAAGUUCCUUCUAGUUAUCGUCGUUAUGAGUUACAUGAGCAAUUAAUGAAAAGGGAAAAUGAGUUGAAUAAGCCAAUUCUUCAAACAACUGAAGAUGAACAAAAUUAUUAUCUUCUAAUGGAAAAAAGGAAUAUGAGUUCGUGUUGCUUUGAUAUCCGUCCUUUCACAAGUUACGAGAUUCAGGUUUCAGAUGGCUCUCUCAUGAUCACAUCUGAAGCUGAUAGCUACACUGAAACUCUUGAGCUUCCAGAAGAUGCAAGCAAUCAUUUUAGUUAUAAACUUAUGGAUGAAGGAUACACUUUGUUGAUUUCUAUACCAAAGAUGAAGCGCCUCCCUUUUUUAACACGGCCAACUUGCCUUGAACAAAGUUCAAACAAUUCUUCAUCAGCUUCUUCACUUGAUGGCACACCAAAAAAUUCAAAGACACCUGUUGCAAUAAAUGUCACAAAAAGCGAACCAUUGGCUUCUCAUGAUUAUGAUAUAAAGGUUAAUGUUUAUCAUGGAAGAAAGGAUGGCCCAGAGGAAAGCAGGAAUAAGUCGGAGAUCGAUAAUUUAGUUAAUUCUGAUAAAGCAAAAACGAAAGAAUUACAGAAUGAUAGCACUAAUAUUAAGAAUAAAUCUGAAAUAGAGCCUAUUGGUCACAAAUCUGGAAGUUCCAAUACCAUUAAUAUUCCAGUUACAUUCUCAUCUUCAAGUGAUGGCCAACAAGAUGUUGAAAUGGCCGAGGAAGACGAUAACAUUUCAGAGAACGCAGAAAAUGAUUUUUCUAAUGAUGGAAUAACUACUAAUGGUGAUAAUUCAGGCAUAGGCAAUGGCGGAAGUACAGAAAAGGAUAAAGAUAACAGAUCAUUGCUCAAGAAUUAUGAAACAAUAAAAAGAAAAACUGUUUUCGAGCCGGAUAUGAUUCAAAAAUCCCAUGAUAACCAAGAAAAAAUGGAGGAUGCCGUUAGUAAAGACAAUAAGCCUUACAAUUUAAACAAAGAAAUAGCUCAAAAUGUGGCAGUCAGAAGGCCUAGAUCACCAAUCCUCGAAAACGUUGUUGAUGAGGAGUUCAUGUGA